AUGGCAACUGCUGGAGAGUACGUUCUCGUUGUCUUCAACGGAAUCACUAUCGUGCUGACAGUCGUUGGUGGCCUCCUGACCAUAGUGACCAUCUGUACACGUCCGGCCCUACGGAGACUGGUCAACGUUCCUCUGGUCAGCCUCGGCUGUGCAGAUAUCCUUUACGCCACUUUUUUCACCCCCUUAUGGAUCCACCAAAUCCUGAACCCCCAAUGGGAGCCUCCACCAGCACUGUGUUGGCUAAUGGGCUAUGCAUCUCCAGUUCUGUGGGGGGUAUCGCUAGCCCACAUGCUGUGUAUCGCUCUUCAGCGUUACUUCAAGAUCUGUACCCACAGCACACGCAUGAAUUCCACGCCUGCUCUCGUUGCCAUGCUCUUGCUCGCAUGGUUGGUCCCCGCCAUUUCGUUCCUUCCUCUCUUCCUCAUUGAGGAAGUCAAAGUCGACCCGAAGUUGAAACGGUGCGCGUUGGGGAAUUCUGACAACAACUGGGCAAAGAUUCCCCCAGGCAUUUUGAACUUAUUCUUCCCUUACGUUGCAGCAUCAGCCAUUUACAUCAUUAUCCAAAACCAUGUGAGGAAGAGUAAGAACCGAGUUCAGGCGAACACACAUGGCCCUACGGCCAAUAUGGCAGUGCAGAACGUACCAGGGAACAAUGAUAGUGCCGGCCAAUCUUCAAACACAAAUAUCACCAAGAUGGCAAACCCUUCAAGUAACAUAAAGGGUGUAAAAUGGGUAGGGGAUGAAAACUCCUCAUCAAGCUAUGACGGACAAAAUGACAAUAAUUGCAUAGAGCCAGCAGCAGGCACACCCAAAGGCACAAACCUGGUCGCUACAGUGUCAGGCAUAUGUACAAAAGAACAGGGCAAACCAUCCUCAUCAAGCGAUGAGGAACAAAGCGAUACUGAGCCAUAUAGAGCCAAGGGCAUCCCCCUAAAUGAUACUACGGUGUCAGAUCAGCCAGACAAGAAAGAACGACAGCCACACGUUGUCUCAGGUGGCAAGUCACAAAACAGUAGCGCAGCCGAAAAGCAGAUUACCAAAAUGAUGAUGAUACUGUUUGUCGUGUACACCCUAUGCAAUCUGCCCAUUACCAUUAUGGGAAUCUUCUCUAGCCAUGUCUCAGGCGAUGCCUUCACCGUCGGCCACUUUCUGGGCUCACUGAGCGGUGUCCUAAACCCUAUUGUAUACGGCGCCAUGAACAAAAACAUUCGUCAGGGGUACAAGCAUGUCUUGGACAGUAUGCUCAACUUCAUAUCGUAA